UGUACAGUUAUACAUCCGGGAAUUCGGGGUUACAACGACAAAAUGGCGGCAUCAAAUGCACUCACGGAUCGGGAACUUCGAGCAGAGUUGAAGCGUUUGGGCUUCAGUGCUGGCCCUGUGACAGACUCCACCCGUCAAGUUUACUUGAAGAAGUUAGAGAAACUCCAAGCUGAGGCGAGAUUGAAAACAACCACGCCAAAACCGCCCACACCAGGUCGCAAGUUGCUUGGGUUCAGCUCUGACGAAAGUGAUGUCGAGUCAUCAGCGGCAGCGGGUAGCCGACGUCGCUCCAUGCCCAGCCAAAGCAAAUCUUUACGGCGAAGAAGCACUAAGGCAAAGCCACAGACAUCGUAUAACGGGACAGCAGACGAACACGUUGAUUUACUCUCAAAGCAGCCUUCCUUGAUUAGUUCACGGUUAAAUGCUAGUACCAAAUCGAAGAGAUAUUCCACUGGUACGUUACCGAGUGCGAGAUCAUCACUCGCCCGUUCAGACACGGGGAACAAGUCGAGGGCAGCAGGAGACAUAUCUGGAGGUCGCCGUCAGCAGGCAGAUCGAGUCGCCAUUACUGAGUCCUUACUAAUGCCUAAGAAUGACGAUUUUUCAGACUCUGAUGUGGAUGGAAAUGAUCAAAAUGAUGACGAGGAAGAUAUGGAAAUUGACACAGACAACACGAAUCACGCUACAGGAAGAAGAAAUACUUCAAACAGUAAAGAAAGUUAUGAGUCUGCACACACAACAAACCCUUUGAUGAACCAAACAUACACAAAAGAUCAUGGAGCAAGCAGUUUAUCAGUAACUGGUAGGCCAUCUUCUGGUCUGUGGUGGUCCACAACAAAACCCUCUCCACGGCGAAGUCUCCCCACAUCAACACCACGGACCAGCACUCCUCGUAAAUCUCACAAUCGUCUUCGUCUGUCAGAUGCAUAUGAUGAUGAAGUGGAUGCAAGUAAAUUAAGUGCCACCCAAAACAACAGUAAUGCUCUUGCCCCAGCCUCAAGAAAUAAUCUCAACUCUCAACAAAUUCCCAUCCACGAUCACAGUACACCAAGUUCAAGCAAAUCUAACAACAUGUCUAACAAAACUACUUCCAAAACACCAGGUUUUACAUUUCUGAAUUCAAAAUCAAACCAUACAUCUGGAACUCAUUCAUUGGCAGCUCAGCCAGGCAGCUCACAAUCAGCUAGCAAGUCGCCAAGUUCCAGUUUCCCAGAAGAGGAAGAAAAUCUGUAUGAGGAGUUUGCAACUGAGGACCAUUCUGCCUCCAGCCUUGGGGCCAGGAUUGGCCACUAUGUUCCAAUGAUUCUGCUGUCAUGUGCCUUUCUUUUCUUCAUUGUGUUAGCAACAGUGUACAUGAAUGUUGGCAAUGGAAAUCUUGCAGAUAUAAAGUACAUCAGUGACAAUAGCAGAAGUGACACGAAUCUGUUCCCAUCAGAAGAAACUCGGCAUGUUCAGGCUAUGAGGAUCGUGCAGUCUUUGUAUGACAAGUUAUCGGAGGUAGCAGGAAAAUACGAGUGUGGAUCACAAGAUGUCACAAGCAGAAACAUGUCAUUUGCAGAGGUGCAGGCUUUCCUGAAGUAUGAAUUUAAAGAGGAUAUUGAUGCCAAAAAGGACUGGUUAUCAUACCAUCUGAAGAAUGCCCUACAGAAGAUAAUCAACAAUUCUCACUGGGGUCUGAGGCUAUAUGAUGAGAGUGGUAAGGAACUACAUGUGGCAGAUUCUGCUGACCAGGUUGUAGAUGCUGUGAAGUUGGAGAAGCAGACUGUAUGGUUAGAAUCAGAACAUGUCAACAUGUCAUGGCUGUGUAGGGUCCAACGCUCAGCCGUCUUGGUUCUCUUCAGACUGUUUCUGUUUUGUAUUGUGGUGCUGUGUCUGUUGUUGUUGUACAAGUACAUUAUGUAUAGAAUCAGACGAGAGAAGGAGGACAAGAGGCAGGUUCAUCAGCUAGUAGAUGCCAUCACAGAGAUGCUGGCAAGUCACCACAAGGCCUGCAGUAAAGACAAGAGCUUGUCACCAUACCUUGCCAUACCACACGUCAGAGACACCCUGAUACCACUCAAGCACAGAAAGGAGAGGCAACAUUUGUGGGAGCGUGCUGUGCAUUUCAUCAACACCAAUGAGUCUAGAGUGCGUGUGGAGACACAGCAAGUAUCUGGUGAGGAGUUCCCUGUCUGGAGAUGGAUGUUACCCUCACCAGUCAUCUCAUCGUUCACACCCAUGACAGAAUUGGAGUUGAACCCUAACAGAGUGAAAGUAUGGCAAGGAACGGCCUUUGACAACCUGGAUACAGCCAUCAAGGUGCCCCGGUUCACCCCAACACCAUGCCUCAAGAUCAGGAACAUGUUUGAUCCUACACUGGAAUCAGAUGGCGAUUGGCAUGUGGCAAUAGAAGAUGCCAUACUGGAACGAUGUGGUGACAAUGGGGGCAUUGUUCACGUUGCUGUGGACAGAACUUCAAGAGAGGGAUGUGUAUAUGUUAAAUGUGCCACACCAGAAAGUGCAGGCUGUGCAUACAGAGCAUUACAAGGAAGUUGGUUUGAUGGUAAACUUGUAACAGUGAAGUACCUCAGAUUAGAUCGUUAUCAUCAGCGGUUCCCAUUCGCCACUAGCUACAACACACCAAUUCGGCCUUCCAACAAUCUGAAGAAAUCCCUGUCCCAUUCAAACCAGUCCCCUGGACUGGAGGCUUCAUAGAGUCAAAGGUCACCAAGGUCAAAGGUCAUCCAAGGUCAUCUUUUGGACAGGCCAGUCAUUAAUAUUGCUUGAGUGGAAGUCUAUACUCCCUCUUACAUUUAAUCUUUGAGGUCACAGGUCACUUGUCCUUUGUUCUUAGAAUUUUUCGAAUAGUCAGACUGCAUCUGUAUAUUCAGUUCCAUCGAUCAAAUACCUUCCCUUAUGGUAUGUAUCCAUCAUUUAUUAGAGUUGUUCUACCAGAAGGUAUAUCCCCUAUGGGGUCUCUUGGCAGCAUCUUCACCUGAUGCUGAUUUCAAAGAUUGUAUUCUUAUGUCACCUGACAGGCUACAAAGUGGACCUAGCUCUAUAAUGGAUGGCCCUCACUGACACCUGACUACAAUCAUAAAGUAUGUCUAAAGCCUGGUUCAUACUCUGUGCGAAAGCGAACGCGAAUUUGUGACGUCAUGGCAAGAACAUAUUUCAACUCGGGUGAAUUUUGCAGCGAAUGUUUCAUGACGUCAAAUUCGAUUCGCUUUCGCAUGAAGUAUGAACCGGCCUUAAGUCCUACAACUUGUCAGUUGAUGUUUAUGUACAUGGCUUGAUUCUUUAAAGAGGAAGUUGGACUGAACUUGGCGACUUGUGACUUGUGACAGGAUUGUGAUAUCAAGAGUUAAUGUUUGGUGUAAAAAUAUCAAGUGUUUUGUCUGACUCGUAAGCACUGAGGAUGUUGUCAAAGGGUUGAGGUUGCUGUCAGGCCAACAGAGAUAGUGGAUUGUACGGUGCUGGUCAUUUGCGCAGUGAAUAAAUACUGAGCAGAAUUAAUAUCUUUGAAAGUACUUGUAAUCAUCAAGAAAGUGAAAUAAAAUAUCUAAAGGCAUUUCAGUGUCACAUGUAUAGUUUGCCAGCAGACACUGGCAUUGCCAGUAAACUGGGUAAUUUUGAAUAGGGGAACAGCCUCACUACAGUGGGCACUCUGAGUGAAUUAAAAAGGGAUGUUUAUAAUCGUAAACCACUUGCAUUUUGGCUUGAUAUUUGGUUUACAUUCACCAUUUACAUUUGAAGGAUGAUACUUCCACAGGAUGCAUAUGUUUAGCGUUACAAAGAGUGCAGCAAAAUGGCUGGUUCCCAGACCCACUGUAAUAUGCUAGACUUCUGAGAAGAGAGCACUCAGCAGAAACCAGUCUAGAAGUGCGAAUGAUUACCGAGCGCAUGCACUCAUACUAUAUCCACAUUGACAGAAUGAUGCUGUCAUGUAUGUGGAGCACAGUGGAGGUUCUUUUGCGCAGCCUGUAACUUUGCACAAACCAAUAUCAAUCAGAUCAACUGGCACCCGCUGGUUUGAAAUAUAAACGUGCAUUGUUUUAUUUCAAGUGUAGGCAGUUAUUUCUGCAGCGAAAGAGUUUACAAGUUUUGUCAAGACGAGGGCAUGCUUGAAGUUCUGCAGGAGUGUACUCGUGGGUUUAAUUGUCAGAUUGGUAUUUUUUCAAAUUUGUUCACUUCUGUAAAUUUCCGUUUGAAUUGAUGGUCUGACUGAUUAAGAAAAUAGUUGUGUAAAUGUUUGUAUAUAGUUUUUUGUAUCUUUAAACUAAAUCUACUCUCUUUGUGGACUGUAAGUUGCUCAUUAAUGUAGUCAGAUCCUUUUUUUUUCCAAGUCACAAGUAUACUGAAAAAAAAAAGUGGUUCCCAUGUAGUGGUAAACAAGUUUUGGCACCAAAGCUGUGUUGAACAAUUACCUGGAAGUGCUAGGAAUAUGAGAGGUCAGACUUGUAUUUUGGUGUAAGUCCAAGUGCUUGUGAAAAUAUGUGAACAUUUUCAGCAUGCCUUCUUAUUCAAGCACUGAGAUCCUAACCCAAGCACUUGGACCAAACUUCCUACUACGCUGUGAUACAUUUCAGUAUACUUGUCACACUUGGAUUAGAACACUACUAAGACUACCGUGUUUGUACUAGACCAUGUUCCCAUCAUGUAACAUUGGCUUCAAUUGGCAAACUGGAGGAGGGAUAUAUGUUGUUCUCGUCUUUACACAUUCUUAUAUAGGUGAGCGCGAAAAUCCGAGAGCAUCUUACAUUGUCUUGUCUAGUUGCCAGACCUAUUUUCUUUAUACUAAAAUGGUUCUUGAGUCUGGGUUGUUGAAUGGUAGCUCAUCACAGACAGUGAAAACUGGUGUGCAAAUGAGUACAUGUUUCCCCGGCUGAGGUGAUCCUGCCCCACCUAUACCCAGAUCAUGAAUAUGUAUGAAUUAAUCAGAUCUGACCAGUUGCUAAUACUUGGUGGUAUUUACACGGAUAUUGUGAUGUGUCAUAUCUGGCAGAUGCUGCAGGGCAAAUUGACUGUUUCCAUUGUAAAUGUAAACAUUCAGUCAUCUUACAUGUUUAAGUGAUUAACAUUAUAAUGUCAAAGGCAGUGUUUGUAUUUCCCAGUGAAAGUAAGUAUUAAGCAAUUUGUGGUAAAGGGUGACAUCGUCCAUGUUCAUGGACCAUAGUAUGACUUUCUCGUGUUGUGAUGCUUGAUAGAUUGGGCCCUGGAACUGAAUUCUUUGGAAGAAGUUAAGCCACUGUAAAGUUUAUAUGCAUCUCAUUGGAGAUUAAUAUUAAUGAUUUCCCUCUACCAGAUUAUUUUUUUGUUUUUAUAAUUGCGCUUUGUCACAUUCAAUCAUUGAAAUGUUAAGUAAGCAUAACGUGUUUUUUUUCCGAGAGUACAAUUCAGUUUGUUAGAAAGUUCUCUAUGUAAUAAUUUUUCUGCAUCCCAUCAGAUGGGACAUUGUUUGUGCAAGACUUUCGUAAUAUUUGAGAUUUGGAUAUAAAGCAAAAAGCACUGACCAAUCAAGCUCAAGGGGAGCUCUAAAUUGUAAUCAAGACAAUUACCAUUGUGUUUACAUGACAAAGAUCUUUAUGUUUAAUGAGUAUGAAGCAUCUUUCCUGUUAGAGUGUACUGUGUACACAACUUGAUUCAUUAAUUGUAAACUUCGCACGACAAAAGAAAAUCAAGUGUGCACAACUUUAUAUUGAUUAAAAUCAUGUAUGUUAAAUAUCUCCUCCUGUAAGAAGCUUUUCUCUGGUGUUCUGUAUUAGUGUCACCAUUUUGUUUGUAGGGUAUCAAUUCCUGUUCUUGUGAAUUUGAGGAUAGUGUGUUGUAUUAAGCUUUAUGCACAUGUUAUUGCCGAGACACUAGUCACACUUUCGAUGGUUCAUUUUGGACGUUUCUUUUGAAUUGAAAUUUCUAAAUAUUUUGUCUUUGUAUUCCCUUGCUGAAUUAUUUGGUGGCUUUGCCUAAACAUUUCCUAGUUAUGUAAAAUCAUUCUGUAUAUAAAGCGUGGCAACAGCAACUGUCUACUUGAUAAUGGAUCGAUUAACGGUAGACAUUUGCUGUUAAAUUUUGUAUAAAUAACAAUGUAAAAAAAUAUAAUGGUCUAAACCCUUUUCAUCCUACCGUCUGAAAGGAUCUUAACAAGUCUCAUGGUAAGCUUGUAGAAGUAUUCUAUCGAGCAACUUGAUUUAUUUGGAGCAAUUUUUUUCUAUUUCACCAUUUCAUCAUGCACUUAUGUUCUCUUCAAGCAGUAAGAUAUUUUUUUGUGUGUUUCAAACUAUUAAUGGUACUGUGUUUAUAUUUACUACUAAUAAAAGAUACCGUUUAGUAUUAAUGAG